GUUAGUGGCCUAAGGGAAGCGAUUGAAAACCCAACGGUGCAGCUAGGCUGGUCGGUCUCAGUGCACCCAAGGCUGAGGGGACCGGGUGAAAACUAAGGGGCGGGUGGGACCCCGACCCAGAGCAGCGAAUGACUGUACCAGUGACAAUGAGAACAAUUUGAAGAUCGGCCUGAAGGAGGGAUCGUCCCUCCAGCGCGGGUAAUGCAGAGGCUAAGUCAGAUGUCUACUUGAGCAACUCACAAAGCAUGUUUUAAAGUUCAUAAGAAUGCGAUGUUAGUUUUGGGGCGUUGAUGUUUUACAAUGCCUGAUCACGACAAAAAGCUGAAGACCACAGAAAAACCCACUGAUAAAAAGCAGCAAGAAAUCACCAGGGACUAUUCAGAUCUUAAAAGACUUCGGUGCCUUUUGAACGUUCAAUCAAGCAAACAACAGCUUCCAGCCAUUAACUUUGAGAGUGCCCAAAAUAGCAUGACGAAGUCUGAGACCGCCAUCAAGGCAGGUGGGCACAGAGCUCGAGGUCAGUGGCAUGAGUCCACAGAAGCUGUUGAACUUGAAAAUUUUAGUAUAAACUACAAGAAUGAGAGAUAUUUCAGCAAACAUCCCCAGCAUAAAUUGUUUCAGGAGAUCUUUACAGCCUUGGUGAAAAAUAGACUCAUAUGCAGGGAGUGGGUUAAUCGAGCCCCAUCUAUUCAUUUCCUGAGAGUGUUAAUUUGUCUGAGGCUACUAAUGAGGGAUCCAUGUUAUCAGGAGAUACUCCAUACUCUGGGUGGGAUCGAAAACCUGGCCCAGUACAUGGAGAUUGUGGCCAACGAGUACCUUGGCUAUGGAGAGGAGCAGCACAGUGUGGACAAGCUCGUCAACAUGACAUAUAUUUUUCAAAAACUUGCUGCUGUCAAAGACCAAAGAGAAUGGGUCACCACAAGCGGAGCCCACAAGACACUAGUAAAUUUGCUCAGUGCCCGAGACACUAAUGUUCUAUUGGGUGCCCUUUUGGCCCUGGCCAGCUUAGCAGAAAGUCCAGAAUGUAGGGAGAAGAUAAGUGAACUCAACAUUGUAGAAAACCUGUUGAUGAUUUUACAUGAAUAUGACUUGCUUUCCAAGAGACUGACAGCAGAGUUGCUGCGCCUCCUCUGUGCCGAGCCCCAGGUGAAAGAGCAAGUGAAGCUGUAUGAGGGGAUCCCCGUCCUCCUCAGUCUGCUGCACUCAGACCACCUGAAGCUGCUCUGGAGCGUUGUCUGGAUUCUGGUCCAGGUUUGCGAGGACCCUGAGACCAGUGUGGAAAUUCGCAUUUGGGGAGGCAUUAAGCAACUGCUUCAUAUUCUACGAGGAGACAGAAAUUUUGUUUCUGACCGUUCCUCCAUUGGAAGCCUGUCUAGUGCGAAUGCCGCAGGCCGAAUCCAGCAGCUUCAUUUGUCAGAAGAUCUCAGUCCUCGUGAGAUACAAGAAAACACUUUCUCUCUCCAAGCAGCCUGCUGUGCUGCCCUCACAGAGCUGGUGCUCAACGACACCAACGCCCACCAGGUGGUCCAGGAAAAUGGUGUAUAUACAAUAGCAAAAUUAAUUUUACCAAAUAAACAGAAGAAUGGAGCAAAAACCCAUCUACUACAGUGUUAUGCUUUCAGAGCCCUGAGGUUUCUCUUCAGUAUGGAAAGAAACAGGCCACUCUUUAAAAGACUUUUCCCCACAGACUUAUUUGAAAUCUUCAUUGACAUAGGACAUUAUGUUCGUGAUAUCAGUGCUUAUGAAGAAUUGGUAUCCAAGCUGAAUUUGUUAGUGGAGGAUGAACUGAAGCAAAUUGCUGAAAAUAUUGAAAGCAUUAAUCAGAACAAAGCUCCUUCAAAAUACAUAGGCAACUAUGCAAUUUUGGAUCAUCUGGGAAGCGGAGCUUUUGGCUGUGUUUACAAGGUCAGAAAACGUAGUGGUCAAAAUCUUUUAGCAAUGAAAGAAGUCAAUUUGCAUAACCCAGCAUUUGGAAAGGAUAAAAAAGAUCGAGACAGCAGUGUGAAGAAUAUUGUGUCUGAAUUAACAAUAAUUAAAGAGCAGCUUUAUCAUCCUAACAUUGUACGUUAUUACAAAACAUUUCUGGAAAAUGAUAGGUUGUAUAUAGUUAUGGAACUUAUAGAAGGUGCGCCACUUGGAGAGCAUUUCAAUUCUCUGAAGGAGAAACAGCACCAUUUCACCGAAGAAAGACUGUGGAAAAUAUUUAUACAGUUGUGCUUAGCUCUUCGGUACUUGCACAAGGAGAAGAGGAUUGUCCAUAGAGACCUGACACCAAACAACAUUAUGUUGGGGGACAAGGACAAAGUGACUAUUACUGACUUUGGCCUGGCAAAGCAAAAACAAGAAAACAGUAAGCUCACGUCUGUUGUUGGAACAAUCUUGUAUUCCUGCCCAGAGGUACUAAAGAGUGAGCCGUAUGGGGAGAAGGCUGAUGUCUGGGCUGCGGGCUGCAUCCUCUAUCAGAUGGCAACUCUGCGGCUGCCCUUCUACAGCACCAACAUGCUCUCUCUGGCUACAAAAAUAGUGGAGGCAGUAUAUGAACCAGUGCCAGAAGGUAUUUACUCUGAGAAAGUGACAAGUACCAUCAGCAGGUGCCUCACUCCAGAUGCAGAAGCCCGCCCAGAUAUUGUAGAAGUCAGUUCAAUGAUAUCAGAUGUCAUGAUGAAGUAUUUAGACAAUUUAUCUACAUCUCAGCUAGCCUUGGAGAAGAAACUGGACCGGGAACGGAGGCGCACACAGAGAUACUUUAUGGAAGCCAACAGGAAUGCUGUCGUGGGUCACCAUGAGCUGGCUCUGCUAUCUCACGAAACCUUCGAGAAGGUGAGCUUAAGUAGCAACAGCAGUGGGGCAGCCAGCCUGAAAAGCGAGCUUUCAGAAAGCACAGAUCUGGCCCCUGAAGGCUUCCAGGCACCUUGCGGGAAGGACGAAGACAGGGCCUGUGAUGAAAUACUCUCUGAGGACAACUUCAACCUGGACACUAUCGAGAAAGAUAUAUAUUCAGAGCUGGAUGAUGAAUUGGACAUUUCGGAUAACUCCAGCAGCUUGAGCUCAAGCCCUUUGAAAGACUCUACAUUCAGCAUUUUAAAGAGAAGUUUUAGUGCUUCCGGAGGAGAAAGGCAGUCCCAAACGAGGGAGUUCAUUGGUGGAAUAGGAUCAAGACCAAGACCAGCUUUGCUGCCUCUUGACCUACUUCUGAAAGUGCCACCCUUCAUGGUCAGGUCCCACGUUAAGGAACUAAAGGCCGAGUUAGUGACAGGUUGGCAGUCCCAUAGCCUUCCUGCUGUGAUUCUUCGAAAUCUCAAAGAUCAUGCAUCUGCAGGGAUUGCCGUGUCCCAGAGGAAAGUGCGCCAGAUCAGUGAUCCUAUUCAGCAGAUAUUAAUUCAGCUGCACAAAGUCAUCUACAUCACGCAGCUUCCUCCAGCUUUGCACCACAAUUUGAAAAGAAGGGUUAUAGAGAGAUUCAAGAAAUCCCUCUUCAGCCAGCAGAGUAACCCCUGUAAUUUGAAAUCUGAAAUUAAAAAGUUAUCUCAGGGAUCUCCAGAACCAAUUGAACCGAACUUUUUUACUGCAGAUUACCAUUUAUUGCAUCAUGCAUCAGGUGAGAACAGACUGUCCCCAGAUGACCCCACAGGUCUGCCCACCAGCUUUGAUUUGGAGGAGGGAAUAACAUAUGAACAGAUGCAGACUGUGAUUGAAGAAGUCCUUGAAGAAAGUGGCUAUUACAAUUUUACAUCUAACAGAUAUCACUCCUAUCCGUGGGGAACCAAGAGUCACCCAAGCAAAAGAUGAAAAUGCAUGUUGAAUGCCCUUGAUUUUCCUGGGGAAGUUCAAAUUCUGAUUUCAACUACUGCUGCAAGAUGGCCAAGGACUGAGUGUCAGUAGAAUGGAUGGAAGAGAAAUGACCUGAAUGCCGUGAAGCCUGCAGGACCUCUUCUCAGGAGGCCCUGUGCAGGGGUGUAUGACAGCCAUAGUUCUAGGGAGUCCCCUUCUGGCAGUCACUAUGUACAAUAGUGACUGCACUGUCAAUGUGUUCCUGGGAGAAAAUGCUGCAAAAUUCAUCUGUUUGCGUGUGGAUGGGAGCACCAUACACAAAGAACUUUCCUCCAUUUAAAAAAGAAGACAUUAUAUUUUUCAAAGAAACAUUUUAUACUCAGGAUUGCUGAAACUAUGUUGAAAGAUAUCUAAUCUUCCAUGUAUAUAAAAUAGUUUUAGAUAAAGAAAAUUACAGGACCCAGAAUGAUAUAUUGGGUGAUUUACUAUAGCCCCAAUUUUUAUCUUAAAAGAUACUAACAACAUGUGUUUUUUUUUUUUUUUUUUAAAGAAAUGUUUGGUUCUCUUAACCACUUGGGUGCUAGUGGUCUUGAACCAUGACACAAUGCAGACAGUAUUUAUAACCUUGCACAGCAGCUGAGAACAACUAUUAAUUGUCAGAUUUAACAUAGAUUUAUAGCACGUAUUGAGGUAUAGUAUGUAUAUAUGUACAUGUAUAUGUGGGAGAGAGAGGUUUUGGUUAGACUGAUGCUUUGCUGCUAAUCAAACUUCUAGUGUUUGUGGAGCACUUUGAAGAGUUCAUAGAAUCUAUGAAAGAGGCGUUAUUCCUUAUUCUAUAUCCUUCUUACUACAGUUACCUACAUUUUAAAUAAAUGUUUAUUGUUUGAGAAUUUGAAAUGAAAAUGUUAUAUAAUAAAAUUUAAAUUCCUUCUUACUCAACAAGACAGCCCAAAGAAAGAGAACACAGAAUGCCAGGCAGUGUCCCUGUUGCUAAGUAGAAAGCAUUUAUGAAGAGAAUUUACUAGAUUUCUAUUGGCCUAAACUCCCCUUCAACUGGCUUAUUAUAACUCUGGUGUAAUGUCAAGAAAUGUCCUCAUUGCCAAAGCAAGCUAUGUUUGUACCUACUUAAAGAACAAAUUUAUUCCAUAUAAUUUGCAAUCUGGCAGCUGGAAUUAUGCUUUUUAUUGAGUUCUGUAUCUUUAAUUACAUUGAUGUAUUUUUGCAUGAUUGCAUGAAGUUCAAUUUAAUAUAUUUACAGUGGUUAAAAUGGUAUAUCCUUUCUGUUUAGUAGGCAAUGUGAAUGUAUAUUACUUUUAAAGUUAAUAUGUUUAAUAUUUUAGUGAUAUCCAGAUUCUCUUUAAUCAUGCACUAAUGCCGUUGAAGGUUGCCAAUGAAUCUUUGUCUUUAAGCCAAAUUAAUAAUUAAAACACACUGAUUUUAAAUGAUAGCUAUAGAUUCAAUAAUGAAAAUGUUCAAUUUCAACUUUCAAGCCAAUUUCAACCAUAUACGCAAGUUACUAAUUUACCCAGGCAAAAUUUUACUUUUAUUCUAAUUUAAUUUGAACCUGUACUGUCAUUCUUUGUAUUUUUUAAUGGGUGGAAAUGGCACAUUUCCUCCCUUUGAGGCACGGCCUUUAGUGGCACGAAUUCUAAUUGUGAGAGGUUUAUUAAUUUAUUCUAAGUCCAUAAAUUAAGCUAUGGGGUGAAAGUUUGAAUAGUCAGGUUCUUUCUCAAAUGGUUGUUUAUAGUUAACAGCGUUUAGAAAACAAUAGUAUUCAGAAGGUACAUCUCAUUAAGAAAAAAAACACAAAGAUUUAUUUGAGGUACUUAAAAUGCAUACAUUUGAUCUUACUAACCAGAAAGGGAGCAAAAUAUUACUAACUCUUUCCAGACACAGGAAUGGCAUUUAUUUUGCUAGAAGCCAGUAAGCGUUAACAAAAAUAAGCAAAGGAAUGUCCUUUUUAACAACAGCUUUGGGCCCAUCAACCAUGCUGAUAGAUGUAUCGUUUUGCUAAAGUAAUGAAAGUGCUCUGCUUGAAUUCUCCCUCAAGCUAUUGCAAUCACUGACCCCACUUUGCAGUGCAGGGGAAUGUCUAAAGUUAGGCAGUGGGAGGGGGACAGUUUCCUACAGGGAGACACAUCUCAACAACGAAGUCAGCUUUUUAAAAGCUAUCAGGUUCUGAACUUCGGACAAACAGCACAUCCUCUCACAAUAAUAAGAAGAAAGAAUGACCAUUUUGUUUUCAUCUGCCUGACAAAAUGUGUUCUAGAGCAAAGAAGUUGUCACUUAAGCUUAAUUGGCCUCAUUAUCUUUUCUUGAUUGCAUUUAAUGUUUUUCUCUUCCACUUUCAUAAUUUUUAAUGAUUUGUUGUGGGAUGAAAUCCCUGUGAAUUCAUUGAAUCCAUUUAAUUCCCAGUGACCGAUUAUUUGUAUGGAAUAGAAUUUGAAUUAGUCUCUUCAGAUAACGUUUGAUACACAAAUGCUUCAGUUAAUUAUGUUUUGAUCCACUAGCUCUAUCUGAUUGUCUGUACUUGAAACUGUAAUUUGCUUUUUAAAAGCAAACUGUUCCAUUCUUAGGGAAGUGACUGCAGCCUGGGGAUAUUUACUUUCUGGGUUUUAACUUUGUCUUGUUCCGGAUGUGUAGUCUUUAAGUGCAGAUUUUUGGGACCAGUAACGUGGAUACUUGGGUCCACUACCUGUGGAUGAAUUUCAGAAACCUACAGCAUUGUUGCUUAUGUUUAAUGUGGACCUUUUGCAGGCCUGGGCAGUGAGCCCACUGUGUUUUGGCAUUCUAAAGCAGAACAUAAUUUAAAAACACUGUUGUGAACUUUACUCGAAUUAUAUAACUGAAGAAGAGUUCUGCUCUUCUACAGGUACCAUCCAUGACUCAUUAAAUGCUGUGAAUUUUGAUGUUCAAGAACAAAUACAAGACUGGCCGAUUUUGGACAAUUCCAGCAAUAGCAUCAUUAAUCACAAUUUAUAUUUAGGAUGUGUGAAGGCAAUAAUAUUAGUUAGUCAAUUCUAUCAGUAUUAAAGUGCACACAACCCGUAUUCUUCUGUUCGAUUUGCAGAGCUUCAAAACACAUUUCUCUUUCUCUCUCUCUCUCUUUCUGCCUCUUUUUGGAGUAGUGAGGAACCAUGUACAAUAAAUAUGAUGGAUUCCUUUAGAAGUGACUUUACCUUCUUUCUGAAGAGAGGGAGGAAAAAUAUUGUUUUGAAGCAAAAAUAAUUCUUUUGAAGCAACCUUUAUUGUUAGCCUUUUACUUUUUUUAAAAAAAAAUGCUGAUAUUCCUGAGCAUCAACGUUAACUGAAGAGGCAAUGUAAAGCAAUGUGGAAUGUGGGCUGAAACAGCUUCUGAGAGCCCUGGAGAUGUAGCUGUGAAGGUCUCCUACGCAAGGGGAGCUUCUUGGUUCCAAGGACUGUCCAAAAAUGAAAUUCUUCAUGCUCAGUGACCAACUGUGAUAACAAGCACAUCUAUGUGCACCUGUAUGAUGUUUCAGAUUGUGUUAAUUGUCCUUUGGUGGAAAGUGACAUCGUGUUGGAUGGAUUAUCUUUCAGUUGAAAUGUGCUGCUAACUCAUGUUUACCCUUGAGUGCCGUUUUUUGUCUUGAUAGUCAGAUGCAGAUGUCUCAGGGAAACAACUUUAUGGUAAAACAGUUCUUAUAUGUAUCAUUAUAGUUAAAUUGCAUAUUGUAAAUAAUACUGCUAUGGUUGCUUAUGGUCCUGCUGUGAUAUUAUUUAAAGUUUUGCAAAAAUGAUAGGAAAGAGCAUAUGAUUUUUAUAAGUGACUGAUAAAUAUUGCUAAUUUAUCAGUCUCCUGGAUCUGUAGACAAUAGUUAUUUUUAAAAAUGAAGAUACAUCCUAAACUCAUAGUGGAAUUCUUCUGAAAGGUAUGCUAGAUUUUUUACUAUAAGUAUGUAGCAUUUGAGGGCCAGGGAUAUAGCUCAGCAGCACAAGUGCCUGACUGGCAAGUGCAAGGUCCUGAGUUUGAUUCCAGGCACAAAAAAAAAAAAAUAAAGGAAAUAAAAAGUAUGUAGCAUUUGAAUAAUAAUAUACAAAAUGAAUAGAGUUCAUUAUUUUAUACUAAAGGUAGAUGAGCACUUUUAAUUAAAAACUAAAAUUACUCCUCUAAACACAAAAAAUUGUUCUUUUUCUCUCCUUUUGCUUUGCAAAGCUUUCUUUGCCUUGUAACCAGCUACUGAACUUAGAAUUAACAAAAGUGUAUUGUAGCAAAUAUGUGUAAUAUAAAUUAAAUAUAAUCUAGAGGUAGCUUAUCUUUUUCUCCCCGAACAAAGAAUUUUAUCUUCAUGGAUAAUUAUGGCUAAUUGCCAUUGGACAAUCAACACGUCAGGUUAGACUCUUGGAAUUGAUAGGGUAAGCUUACGCAUGAAAAACAUGUAAAGAAUUGUCCCAUCAAAAAAUAGAGAAAAAUUUGCACUGAAAAUUACAAACCAAAAUGAAGAAAUACUUUAAGGUCCUUGCACUUUUAAAUCAUACUGCAAAAGUUACUUAUAGAAUGCCCCUUUCAGCCUAUAAUUUAGGUCUACAUUUCAAGUCAAGAUUCUGAAAAAGACUCUUGUUCUUGAGUGGCUACUGAAUUUCAGCCAAAACCUGCAUCCUCCCUGUUUACUGUGUUUACUUCAUACUUCAGGGAAUUUUGGAGGUGAUGAGGCUGGAUUAGGGGUGAAUAGAUAUAAGUAUGCAGAAGGGGAAUCUCAAUUUAUUGAAGAUGAAAGAUAGAUUUUCUGUGAAAGUGUGACAAUUCUUGAAUAAAAUCUGCUUUUUUU